AUGCCUCGCAAACCAAAGCCAGACCCAUGGCAGGACUUCUGUCUACCGUCUAAGCGCUCACCGAUGAUCCAAAAGUCAGGUGCAGCGGCAGGCAAUCUCACGCUCAUCUCUAAGAAGCCGAACCUCACCCUCAGUCACGGUCCGAACAAGUUCGAUCUCAUGCGCCUACCUUCCGAAUUGCGUAUCGAGGUGUACAAGAAGCUGCUACCAAGGCAGUGGCCUGGCCUCUGGGUCCGUCCCCGCCCGAAGACCUCUUCAGCUGAUGUUUCGCCCUUCGUACACUGCAGACCACCUAAAGCCAAAGAUCGCGCAACUUUGGUUCGCUUGAACGGCUACGGACGAAAGGACUGGCAUGCCAUCCGAGUCUUGAAUAACAACUGGAACCCUCUUCAACACGAAGUCGCCCUAAUAGCACCGCUACUCAAUCUCGCCAAGGCCUCACGCACAACACGCGCAGAAAUCAUCGCCUUGCUCCACAACCUCAGCUGUUACGGAAUCCCUCGACCAAUCUUCUUACCAUCCGCAGUUCCCAAUCACUCAGUCAUUACCCCAUUCAAUCUCCAUACGUACCUCUCCCAGCGCUUCUUUACCCAAGUGUUCGCGCACCACCCCAAGAUCGACUACCUCCAGCUCAGUGGCGUCCACACCCAUAAAGUUCCGACGUACUGGGGCACACGCUACGAGGUCGCUGACCUUCGGCUGAUGAAGUUCAUCCUCGACAACACGCAUCUCGAGCGCGUUGUGGUUAUCCGCCAAUACAGUCGUUUCUGCGAGGGCUACGACAUUGACCAAUGCUCGGGCGAGAUCGCAAUUGUGACCGAGGCGGGGUUUGAGUGGCAUUUUGCUAAAGGUAGGCACUGGUACGGCGGGGAGAUUCUGGUGGACGUUGAGUUGAGCAAGUGGGAAAGCGCAAGACGCGCGAGGGCUGUGAAGGAGUGGAGAGGGGACAAGCAUAACGAGGAUUACGACUCCUCUGGGACUUCAAAGCCUGAUUUUCACAAUGGAUGGAGAUUUCGUCAUAAGAGAUACAGAAAUCAUCAGAACGAUCUCGCGAUGCGUCACUUCUGGGGACCGCUACCUUGA